AUGCUGCGCCGGACCGUUGGCAUCCUCGCGGUGCUGUCCCUGGCGUCUGCAGCUCCGCUGUGCCAGACUGCCUCCAGCUCGUAUGACUACAUCGUCGUCGGCGGCGGCACCAGCGGUCUGGUCGUCGCAAACCGCCUGUCCGAAAAUCCGAACGUGUCCGUCCUGGUCAUCGAGGCCGGCGACUCGGUCUACAACAAUGCCAACGUGACCAACGUCAAUGGCUACGGACUGGCCUUUGGGACGCCCAUCGACUGGCAGUACCAAUCCACCAACCAGACCUACGCUGGCAACACGCGGCAGACGCUCCGUGCUGGCAAAGCCCUGGGAGGCACGAGCACGAUCAAUGGAAUGGCCUAUACGCGCGCCCAAGACGUCCAGAUCGAUGCCUGGGCGGCGAUCGGGAAUGACGGCUGGGACUGGAGCUCGCUCUGGCCGUACUAUCUCAAGAGCGAGGCAUUCACCGCGCCGAACCAGACGCAACGGGCAGCCGGUGCUUCUUACAACCCAGCGUACCACGGAGUGACCGGACCUCUGCAUGUGGGCUUCAUCGAGAUGCAGCCCAACAACCUGUCUUCGAUUCUGAACCAGACCUACCAGGCUCUCGGGGUUCCGUGGACGGAAGACGUCAACGGAGGAAAGAUGCGUGGCUACAACUUCUUCCCGUCGACGGUCGACGAUGCAGCAGAUGUUCGGGAAGAUGCUGCUCGUGCUUACUACUACCCCUUUGAGUCCCGCCCGAAUCUGAGGGUCAUGCUGAACACGCUCGCGAACCGGAUUGUCUGGAAGAAUGAGACCAGCGGCGGAAAUGUCACUGCGGACGGAGUGGAAGUCACUCCGCUCAAUGGGACCGUCUGUAGGAUUCAGGCAAACAACGAGGUCAUUCUGUCGGCUGGUUCUCUUCGCUCGCCGGGGAUUUUGGAACUCUCUGGGGUUGGGAAUCCAAGCAUUCUGAACAAAUACAACAUUCCCGUCAAAGUCAACCUGCCAACGGUGGGAGAGAACAUGCAAGACCAGAUGUACAAUGAUGCCAGCGCCGAGGGAUAUUCGGCCAUCGCCGGUACCAAGUCUGUCGCCUAUCCAUCUGUGACGGACCUCUUUGGCAACCGCACCAGCGCUGUCGCGGCCUCUGUUCAGAACCAACUGGCCCAGUACGCCGAAGCAGCGGCCAACCAGAGCCAGGGAACCAUGAAAGCGUCCGACCUGCAGCGCCUGUUCCAGAUCCAAUAUGACCUGAUCUUCAAGCAAGAGGUUCCCAUUGCCGAGAUCAUCACUUAUCCCACCGGGAACACCCUGGCGGCCGGGUACUGGGGUCUCCUUCCCUUUGCUCGGGGAAGCGUGCAUAUCGCAUCCGCCGACCCAACGGUCCAGCCGGUAAUAAAUCCCAAUUAUUUCAUGUUCGACUGGGAUGUGCAGCAGCAGAUUGGCACGGCCAAGUUUAUCCGGAACUUGUACAAGACGGCGCCGUUGAGCAGUCUUGUCAAAAACGAAACGGAGCCAGGCAGUGCUGUGCCUGAGGGAGCAUCGGAUAGUGUUUGGGAGGCGUGGCUGAAGGAGACAUAUCGGUCGAAUUUCCAUCCCGUCGGCACCGCGGCCAUAAUGCCCCGGUCUAUCGGAGGGGUGGUUGACGAACGACUGCGGGUGUACGGCACAGCGAAUGUGCGCGUGGUCGAUGCUUCGGUGCUUCCAUUCCAGAUUUGCGGCCAUCUGACCAGCACGCUGUAG